AUGUUGUUAAUAUUAGCAUUCCUGAUAAUUAAUAUAUACUCCUAAUUUACUAAAAAAGUAACAGUUCCAGUUGUAGAUACAAAUGAUACAACAGCUGUUUCUGAAAACAUUUAAAUUAGAAGUACCAGAAUUUAUUCAGGUUUCGAAUAUAUAAAUGAAUAUUAGAUCCAAAUAAAGAUGCUUGUAUGUGUGAUCAAAUUAUUAAUAUAUGUGAUUCUUAAUGUUGUUGUGAUGUUAGAUGUACUGAAGCUUUGAUUACAGAAUGGACAGAUUUAGGGAAAUGUUUGAAUUCAAAUUUAGAAAGUGAUUAUUAUUACCCAGAAUGUGGAAAUCUUGUAAACGAUUUAAAUGUCUUUGAUGACAAAUAUCAUUUCAAUCAAAUUAAUGAUAUUUUAUGCAGUGCAGUCUAAAGAUUACCUUAUGCAGGUAUAUAUGCUAAUAUUGAUGAUACACAAACAUAAACAGCUAAUUAUAUGAGUUUUGAUAUUGUAAGUGCUGGAAGUAUAUUAUUCACUCUAGCUACCAAUCCUCAAUAUAUUGAUCCUAAAAUUAAAUAAUAUUCUGGAAAUCCUGGAUAUAUAAAAGGAAAACCUCUUAUGGUUGGAAAAUCAAAUGGAGAUGGUUUCAAUCUCAUUUGGUAUCAAUAAUUAAGAAUUUAUGCUUGGUAAAAAAAUGGUUAUUGCAGUACAGGAACAAGUGAUUACAAUAAUCAAAUUUAUAAAGUUAUCAAUUUUGGAGAGGAUGUAAUAACUUAUCUAAAUUAGCUUGUCUUAAGUUGUUCCCUUGAAUCUACUGUUACUUUAGAUAAAUACUGUUCUAGUGGAAUCAAUUAUGAAAUUAUGAAGGCUCUUAAAGACAAUUCUGGAGCCUUUUAUUAUAUUGGAAAAUGGGGUUCAUCAAACAAUAAUAGAACUAAUGACUGGAUAUAAAUUAAUACGACAUAAAUAGAAAAUAUUACAUCCGCAUGUACUUUACCUACAGAAUAACAACUAACUAUUAUUUAUUAAAAAGUUGGAUUUAUGGGAGACUUGUAAAAUACAAUAAUUUCAGCCAAUCUUACUAAUAUUCCUAUAAAGUAAAUUAUUAAUUUAUAUAAAUCUUUAGUAAUGUUGCUGGCUUCAAUGUAAAUUAAGUACAAUUAACUUUAAGAGUUAAAUUCAUUGAACUUAUUGAUUCUGAACUAAACCCAAAUAUUGAAAAAUCUUUAAGAGAUACCAUUACUCCUUAUGUUAAAGUAAAUUAAGAUAUUUAUAUUUUAGAAAAUAUUUUUGCCUUUCACUUUUUCAAAGAAUCUAUUCGGAUUUGGAGUGAUUUUAAUUUUCUUCUUCAUAUGA